AUGAUAUUGGGUUAUGAUCAACAUGGGAUGGGCGAGAGAGCUGUCUCCCUGUUUCAUUCAAUGCAGAAAUCUGGGAUUGAACCUGAUGCCAUUACUAUCUUGUCAGCUUGCAGUAAUUCAGGGUUGGUUGAUGAAGGUCUUCAAAUAUUUAAGUCAAUAGAGGAGGAUUUUAAGAUUCAGCCCUCAACUCUGCACCAUUGUUGCGUUGCAGACAUGUUAGGGAGAGUUGGUGGGGUGGUUGAAGCUUAUGAGUUUGUUAAACAAUUGGGUGAAGCUGGCAAUGUGUUGGAAAUUUGGGGAUCACUUCUUGGGGCUUGCAGACUCCAUGGACACGUUGAAUUGGGAGAAGUCGUUGCAAAGAAGUUGCUUGAAAUGGAGAAAGUAGGCAACAUUGCAGGCUAUCAUGUUUUGCUCUCCAAUAUAUAUGCUGAUGAAAGAAACUGGGUAAAUGUUGAUAAAGUAAGGAAAGAGAUGCGGGAAAAGGGUUUGCAAAAGGAAGUUGGCUCCAGUUGGAUUGAUAUCAGAGGUUCUGUGGCCCGAUUUGUGUCGAAAGAUCAAGACCACCCUCAGUCUGAUAAGGUAUAUGAAAUGUUGGAAGGAUUGGCUACGGAGAUGAAAAAGAGUUGA